AUGAAACCAUUCGUUCGUAUUUCACUUAAUUCUUCUAGGGAUCCACGUUUCACUGAUGAAGUAAAGGCUUUUCAUCAAUUAGCUACUACACUCCAACAACCAUCGAAUACUUUAUCGCCUGACCUGAUGCGAGAAUGGCUCGAAGAUCUUCAUGCUAAAGGUGUUGAUCGAACAGCUAAGAUUGGUGUGGCAGGUGAUAGUGCUGGAGCUAUGAUUAGCACUGCUGUUUGUCAAGAAGUGAAAAAUAUCGAUUUUCAGGUGAGUGUUUCAGUUCUACGUUUGAAAAUAGAUCAUCAUCAUUUUGAUAAUAACCAACAGAUUCUCGUCUAUGGUAUGUAUGAUUUCACUCGUUCAGCAUCAUCUUACAAGGAAUUCACUGAUGAACAGUAUUUUUCUACGCCAGCACUGCUUGACUGGUGUGACAAGUUUAUGUUCAAGACGAUAUUUCGACACAAAUGA